UCAUGACCUGAGCAGAAAACAAGAGUGGGCCACUUAACCGACUGAGCCACCCAGAUGCCCGCAGGAGAGAGAUAUUUUAAGAGAUUUCUGAGGGCGUCAUUUAAAAAGUUUUCUCAUCUAUGAUUUUCAUGACAGUGCAAACAUUUGCAAAGUUCUCUUCAUAUAAAACCUCAUUUCACCCCUGUCACAACCCUGUAAUGGAGCUACCACCAUCCACGCACCAUCCCGAUGUCUGGGUGCACCCUGCACCCUUCCACAAUGUAUGAAGGCGCGUCCUUUUUGCCUUGAUGACCAGGGCUAAUUACAAGUGGUUGUGCUGCCUGCGGAGAGUCUUCCUUUCUUUCAUCCCCACAGGUUGUUUCCAAUAGUUUAUCAACCCAUGAUAGUUGCUCCUUUCUCCCUCUGUGGCAGUGUCAUAUUUCUAUCUCAGCAUCUUUUUUAUAGAAUAGGUGACAGACAAAUUUCCCUUAUUCUGCCACCAUUUUUGGACUUAUAAACUCAUAAGAAACAAGGUGCCUAAAAGGCAAAAGAGAACUUAUUUAAUAAUAACAGUCUUAAACCCAGAAGUAAUCACUUUAUGCUUGUCUUGGUCAGCUAGGGCUGCCAUGACAAAAUACCACAGGUGGGUGGUUCAACCAACAUGUAUUUAUUUCUCACAGUUCUGGAGGCUGAGCAGUCCAGGAUCAAGACGCCAGCAGAUCUGAUUUGUUUUGAGUGCCCUCUUCUUGGCUUGCAGAUGGCCACCUCCUUGCUCACAUGGCAGAGAAUGAGAGAGAGAGAGAGAGAUCUAGUCUCUCUUCCUCUUCUUAUAAGGACACUUAUCCCAUCAUGUGGUCACCACCCUCAUGUCCUCACCUAAACCUAAUGACCUCCCCAAAGCCCCACCUCCAAAUACCAUCACAUUGAGAGUUGGGACUUCAAUUUGUGAAUUUGUGGGGCACACAUUCAGUUCACAACAAUGCUGUAUUGAGAUAGUAUGUCUUUUACUGCCUCCUAAAUUUGAGCCAGAGACAUGUUUUUGGUUACUGAUAUUUUAAAAUAAAUAUAUCAGAUCCAAUUUAGCAACAUAUAUUGAGAUUCUACCAUAUACCAAGAACACUUUAAAUACAUUACUUAUUAUUCUCAAACAUAUAUAGAGAGAGAUGAGAAAACUGAGUUUAUGGGAGGUUAAGCGACCCAGGUCUAGUGAAAAGCUGAGCUGGAAUUCUCCCCUGCAUCUGGGCACUUCCAAAACCCGAACACUUUAUCACACAACGUGUCUCCUUAGGCAGGUUACCGAUUACCAGAACAAGUUGUGAAUUGGAGGACUCAGUCAUUGCUGAUGCCCCCCUUUCAGCUCUAAGACUGCUCAGGUGUCUGGGAAAGUUGGGUUGAUUUGGUCGUGAUGGAUACUCAUUUUGACCCAUUACUCAGAUUCUGGUUUCAUGAUAUCUCUUACUUCUGGGAAUCAUUUUGCACACACACACAAAAGAGAUCAUAGUCUUUUUUUCCUUGAUUAUUUAGUCAAAAUAAGCUAACCAACAUAAGCAAGGUGAGACUUCUCUUUGAUUUGCAAGGGAAAAGAUAAUAACUGUUUGACAGUCCCCAAUAAAAUAACCUUUAAAAAUAGAGGAAGUAGAGUGGGGUAGAUAUGAGGGAGGGGAAAAAUAUAGAUGUGCAAUCCACUCUCAACAUUAACUCAGUACAUCUCAUGUUGCUUCCUGAAAAGGAGCUAGAAAAGGAUUAGUGUCUGUUGUAUAAAAAUAAACGUGGCAAUAAAUAAAUAAAUAAAUAAAUAAAUAAAGUAAAAAUAAAAAGUUUAUUCAAUUAGUAUUUAUUGAAUCCCUGCCACAUGUCAGAUCCAUGCCAAUUUCUAGAGCUAUAAUGAUGAAUUUGCUCCCACACAGUCCUUGCUCUCAAGGAACUGGUAGUCUAAUAGUGACAGAAAAUAGGAAACUAUAUUAUUGCAGUGAUGGACAUGUGAAUAAGAUAUUCAGGAGCUCACAGGUGGGGCCUGUCAAAUUGGCUUCCCUAAGGUGAUGCCCAAAGUGAGCCUUAAGGAAUGAGUAAAGUUAGCCAAGUUAGGCAAGAGGGGUGGGAUAGGAAGAAUAUUCCAGGUCAGAACAAAAACGCAUAGGUCAUGGUAGUCAAAGAGCAGAGUUUGAAGCAAGCAAAGAAGAGAGAUGAGGCUGGAAGAGUUAGCUUUUAAGGAGAUGAGUUCUGUUUGUGGUACGUGGAGUCUGAGGCACCCCAUUGAAAGUUUAGCAGGAAGCUGGGUAUAUGGGGCUGACGUAUAUGGAUAAUCUGGGAGGGAGAUAUAGAUUUGAGAGGUAGGAAGCGAUAGUUGAAUAUGUGAUAUUGAUUCAGUCAUCCAGGGACCAUGUUCAUGGUGAGGAGACCUGACAUUUGAGACUAGAGGACAAAUAAAAAUGGGCAUUAAAGGAUAGAGAAAAGUGAGCUCAAAAAGGAAAGAGAUAGUCAGAGAGGUAGAGCAAAUGCAAGGGAGUCCACCAUCAUGGAAAACCAAGGAGUAGAAUUUUUUUUUUAAAGAUUUUAUUUAUUUAUUCGACAGAGAGAGACAGCCAGCGAGAGAGGGAACACAAGCAGGGGGAGUGGGAGAGGAAGAAGCAGGCUCAUAGCAGAAGAGCCUGAUGUGGGGCUCGAUCCCAUAACACCGGGAUCACGCCCUGAGCCGAAGGCAGACGCUUAACCGCUGUGCCACCCAGGCGCCCCCAAGGAGUAGAAUUUUGAUCAAGGUGGGGCUUGUGGAGACAGACGGUUUUGCUGUAUGGGCAAGAUAAGAUUGAAAAGGCAUUGGAGACAAUCAGCAUGAAAGCUUUUGAUCAAUAGGUAAGAUAAAAAGUGGUUUUAAGAGGAAUUAAGGAAAAAAUAUGUAGUCUACUCUUGAGAGAAGACUGAAUGAGAAGAAAAGGGGGACUGGCUGGUAGCUAAAGGGAUAUAGGAGUCAAAGGAUGAUGAUGGUGGUGAAUAGCUUUGAGAUUGUAAGAGAAGAGACUUCAGAAUGUUUCUAGAGUGAAAAGGAAAAGCUAGUAGAAAGGAUGGAAACAUUGGAGAGAGGUGAGGUGACAAAUGGAAUUUUCAGGGGAGGAACACCUCAUGCACAGACACGUUUUUUAUGAUGUGGGAGACAAGGUCCAUAGAUAACUUGGUCUACCUGAACUAAUACUCUGCCUGAAUUCCCUUUCAGAUUCACUCUUCCUUUUGUGCAAACAACUUGCUCUUCCUCUGACCUGCUAUCUGUGUCCUACAGAAACCUUGUACCUACACUAUGGGAAGCGGUACCUCAAACCAACGUCACUUUGCUUUCCAGAAUGCAGAGAAAGCCCUGCAUUAUCUCACUCUUCAAGGGUGCAUCACGCUUGAAACCUCUCCAGGUUGCAUUUCUUGAGAACGCGGCAAUCCAACCUUCCACCUCUACACAUAGCGUUUUCAGCAAAAAGUAGGAAUUCCAGUAAACCUCCAGUGAUAGUGGUAUAACCAUGAGUAGGAGAGGUGCCCUUCGUCUCCCGCCUGGCCCCGGGAGUCCCGGCUCACAGGCUCGCUUCUCCAUCCCCGCCGCAGCCUUCAGGGCAGCAGCCCUCAUCCAGAGAUGGUACCGGCGCUACGUGGCACGCCUGGAGAUGAGGCGGCAUUGCACCUGGCGCAUCUUCCAGUCGAUCGAGUAUGCGGGUCAGCAAGACCAGGUCAAGCUCCAUGACUUCUUCAGCUACCUGGUGGAGCACUUUACGCCCAGCAGCAACCAUGAGCGAGAUUUCCUGAACCGCGUGUUCACUGAGGAGAGAUUCCCCCAGGACGCUGAGAUGGAGAAAUUCAGUGACUACAAAUCUAUAGAGGUCCCGGACAAUUACACAGGGCCACGCCUCUCCUUCCCGCUCCUUCCGGACCACGCGGCUGCCCUGGUGGAAGCUUUCAGACGGAAACAACAGCUCCAUGCUCGCUACGUCUUGAAUCUUCUGCACGAAACCAGGAAGCACCUGGAGCAGCUGCCAAACAUCACCCGGGUGUCCACGUGUUACAGCGAGGAGGUCACUGUGUGCGGAGACUUACAUGGCCAGCUGGAUGACUUAAUAUUUAUAUUUUAUAAGAAUGGCCUCCCAUCCCCAGAGAGGGCCUACGUCUUCAAUGGUGACUUCGUGGACCGAGGCAAGGAUUCAGUAGAGAUCCUGAUGGUUCUUUUCGCCUUCAUGCUGGUUUACCCAAAAGAGUUCCAUCUUAACCGAGGAAACCAUGAGGACCAUAUGGUGAACUUACGAUAUGGCUUUACCAAGGAGGUGAUGCAUAAAUAUAAGACACAUGGCAAGAAAAUACUAAAAACACUGCAAGAUGUUUUCUGUUGGCUUCCCCUGGCCACUCUGGUUGAUGAGAAAGUCCUGAUUCUUCACGGUGGAGUGUCAGACAUGACCGACCUGGAGCUUUUGGCUAAAUUAGACAGGCACAAGAUCGUUUCCACCCUGAGGCGCAAAACGAGAAAGGAGAACGGGAAACAGGCGACGAAGGAGAAGGCCACCCCGCCGAGCGGCGCAGGGCGACCCACGCCGUGGUUUCUGCCCCAGACCCGCUCUCUCCCGGCUUCCCCCCUCCGCCUGGGCGCCUCUGGGGCGCCCCGGGCCGGCCGCUCCUCCAGCAUCCCCUGCAGCUGCCCGGCCGACGCCAAGGAGCCGGCCCGGCGCGCGCGGCGGUCCGUGGACCUGGAGCUGGACAGGUGCCGGCGGCAGGCAGGCCUCCCGGUGAGCCCGGCGCAGGGGGAGCCCCUGCUCUGCACGCCGGAAGCCGACUCGGAAGCCGAGGAGCCGCCCGAGCCCACUCAGGAGGAGUGGAAGCAGGUGGUCGAUAUCCUGUGGAGUGAUCCCAUGACCCAGGACGGCUGCAAGGCCAACACCAUUCGAGGAGGAGGCUGUUACUUUGGACCUAACGUGACAGAACAGUUGCUACAGAAAUACAACCUGCAGUUCCUGAUCCGCUCCCACGAGUGCAAACCUGAGGGCUACGAGUUCUGCCACAGCCGCAAGGUGUUAACCAUCUUUUCUGCCUCCAACUACUAUGAAGUUGGCAGUAACAGAGGGGCCUACGUCAAGCUGGGGCCGGCCCUGACCCCAUACAUCGUGCAGUAUCAAGCUAACGAGGCCACCCACACGUUGACUAUGAGGCAAAGGAUUAGCAGAGUAGAGGAGGCAGCUCUGAGAUCUCUGCGGGAAAAGUUAUUUGCUCAUUCCUCCGAUCUUCUUGGUGAAUUUAAGAAGCAUGAUGCAGAUAAAACUGGUUUCAUCACCCUUAGUGACUGGGCAGAAGCCGUGGAGUCCGUGCUGCGUCUAGGACUGCCAUGGCGGAUGCUGAGGCCACAGCUGGUGAGGAGCUCCACAGAUAACACCUUGGAGUACAGGUCCUGGCUGGAGGACUUGGCCAAAGAACAACUGAGCCAUGAGAACAUACAGUCAAGUUUGCUGGAAACAUUGUAUCAGAACCGAUCCAACCUGGAGACCAUUUUUAGGAUCAUAGACAGUGAUCAUUCAGGGUUCAUCUCACUGGACGAGUUCAGACAGACUUGGAAGCUGUUCAGCUCUCAUAUGAACGUUGACAUCACAGAUGACUGCAUCUGUGACCUUGCCCGGAGCAUCGACUUCAACAAGGAUGGCCACAUCGACAUCAAUGAGUUCCUGGAGGCCUUCCGCCUUGUGGAGCAAUCCUGCCCAGAGGGCGAGGCCUCAGACUGCCGCCAAGCCACAAGCACUACUGACGGUGGCUGCAGUAAGCCAGGCACACACUAAGACAGCCUGGUGUCCGUCUCCCAUGGUGCCUCGUAACCAAGACUGAGCUUGUCCCUGGAAGAGCUCCCUAUUCACCAUAGAUUUGUGGAAUUUUAUGCUGAGAAAUUGCCUACCAGUGUGCACCAGAAUCAGCUGUGUGUGUGUGUGUGUGUGUGUGUGUGUGUGUGUGUGAGUGUGUAUUUAAAUAUAUAGGUACUCCAUCCCCAUCUCAGAAGUUUCACAGGGUAAGACCCAGGCAUAAACAUUUAAAUUCUCAAGUCCACCCCAGUUAAGAACCACUGAUAAUUCAACCCCCUCAUUGUUUUCAUUUUAUACCUUUUAACUAUUGUUUUUAAAAUGUCUUACUGAUAAAGGAAGUUAUGAAAAAUUGUUUGUGCAAUCCUAUGACCCAAACUUGGGUUCUUUUCAUUAUUUACUUUUUCUUGUUAAAAAAUAGUUUUUAUAUAAUUUAAUGUUCUGCUUUUUUAAAAAAAUAAAUUCACAUCUACCUGUCAAUACUUUCCUUUAUUGCUACAUAGUCCUCAUGAUGAUUCGUUUAAUGGCUGCAUCAUUUUCUUUCAGAUGGACGCACUGUAAUUUAUUCAGCCAUUCUCCAGUGGUGAAACAUGUACCUUGUUUGUAGUUUUUCAUUAUUAUCAAUAACACCAUGGUUAAUAACUUUGUGCAUAUGGCUCGUUUUACAAAAGUCUUUGGAAUUAUACAUUUUCUUCAGAUGAAAUCCCAGGAAUGGAUUACUUUGUCAGAGCAUCAUAUCAGUCUCUAAGAUUUCCUAUAAGGAAUUGGCUCACAUGAUUAUGGAGGCUGAGAAAUCCCAGGACAUGCAGUCUGCAAGCUGGAGACCCAGGAGAGCUGAUGGUGGUGUGGUCCCAGUCCAAGUCUGCAGGCCUAAGCACCAGGAGGGCCGAUGGUGUAAGUACUAGUCUGAGCCUAAAUCCAAAGGCAGGAGAAGACAGAUGUCUCAGAUCAAAGAAAAGCAGAGAGAGACAAUCCUUUCACUCAGCCUUCUAUUCUAUCUGGGCCUACAGCGAAUAGGGUGAGGCCCACCCACAUUAGGGAGAGCAAUUUGCUUUACUCAGUCUACCAGUUCAAAUGUUAACCUCAUGGGGUAUACUCAGAAAUAACAUUUCACCAAAAAUCUGGGCGUCCCGUGGUCAAGCUGACACAGG